AAUGAAACAUUUAAAUUAAUAAAAAGAAGGUCUGAUUAAAUACAGCUUAUUCACAUUCCGGAUAGAUAGGGAUUCAUCCACUCACUUCACAAUAUGGGUCAUACCAGCUCAGGUUUUAUAUUUGGAUAUUAUUUUUAUUUUCUUCUGCUUCUUGGCGUCUGCAACUCACAAGAUAUACCAACCACUGUUAUCGGAUCGUGUGGUGGAAGAAUAACGGGUUCAAGCAGCGGAUAUAUUGCUAGUCCCGGAUAUCCGUCAGAAAACUAUCCGGACAGUUCAAAUUGCUCCUAUUUAAUCGAAGCUGAUGAAGGAAAUAUCAUCACGUAUCGAACAUUAUUACUCGACUUAGAAGCGAGAGAUGCACAAGCAGAUGAAUGUUAUGACUACGUUCAACUAUAUGAUGGCGAUAUUUUGCUCGGAUCUGCAUUAAAUUCUGGAUCUUAUUGCGGAAAUGAUAAAAUACCACUCAAUGCAACAACUGGUAACACUUUAAGAAUUGAAUUUAUUUCCGAUGAAAUAACAAAUGGCAAGGGAUUUGUAAUACAAUGGACUGCACUGAAUCCUGCUGACAGGACACCAACACUGGAUUGCAAUUUUGACGGAGCUACGCCACUUUGUCCAGGAUGGACACAAAGUACCGAAGAUUUGGGAGACUGGCAAUUUUCACGAACAAAAACAGCUACAAGUCUCACUGGUCCAUCGGAAGAUCAUACGGAAGACACAACAGAUGGACGAUAUGCCUAUAUAGAAGCCUCUGACAUGGAUGAGGGAGAGGAAGCUAUUAUAAUUUCGCCUAAAAUUGAGAAGAGUGAUUCCAAAUAUUGCUUGUCGUUUUGGUAUCACAUGUUUGGGAGUGGAACUGGACAGCUUGCUGUUAUAAAAUUGGCUUUCCGGGCGACAAGAGGCAAAUCGUUUUAUUCAGACAUGGCUAUUGAUGACAUCACAAUAUUGUCAGAAGCAUGUGCAUCACAACAAACGACCGAAAGUUCUGUUACUGAAGCAGAAUUCACAACUGACUUUUAUGUAACGACAGCUGAUACUAUAUCAAAUUGUACGGAAGAAGAUUUUAUUUGCUCCGAUGGAUUUGAUUGUAUCAAGAAAGAAUAUGUUUGUGAUGGCGAUCUAGAUUGUUCAGAUGGAAGUGAUGAAUUGAAUUGUCCUGCACCAGCUCGAUGUCCUGAAACAUUUGAAUGGAAAUCCUGCGGAUCAGCAUGCAAUAGAACUUGCGCAGAUGGUGAAGAUGGACCAACCUGUUCGUUGAGAUGUGUUCAACGUUGUGAUUGUCCAUUUGAUGCUCCCGUGUUACACAAUGGCAGAUGUAUCCCGUACGACCAAUGUCCGUCUACUUCAAUACCGCUUGAGGAAGUUCAAAUCGCCUCGCUGGGUGAAAUUACAAAAACGUCAGUAACCGUGACUUUCGAUACCGUGUCUUCCGCUGAAUCUUUUAUCGUCUCUCUUGUCAUUCCUGAUCUCCCGGACUCAGAAAAGAAAACUCAAACUUUGAAUAACGACAGAGCAACUAUUUCUUACACAUUUACGGGUCUUACUCAAGGUACGGAGUAUCAGAUCUUCAUAGAAUCAGUUGCAACAGGAAAAGAAAACGUGCUGUCUUCUGUCCUUCUUACGUUUACCACACUGACUAAUUUGGGACGACUCACGACUACUCCAUCUGAAGAGCAAACUACUGGUUACUACGAAACAACCGAAGCCAUCGACGUAACCGAAAAAGAAACCGCGCCCGCUCCGACUACCACAACAUCUUCUUCUGGAGAUGAAACUACUUUUGCUGGAACAGGAGUUUAUGAAACAACUGAAGAACAAUUUGUAGUAGUUGAAGAUAAAACGACCCAAUCACCACCCACCCCUGCUUCGGAAUCAACAGACGAAACUACGUUUCCUGAUAUUAACGUCACAACAGAUUCUGAAGUCGAAAAAGUUACCACCACCCCAAAAACAACAACAGAAGAAACUUUUAUUGACGAAGAAACAACAGCUGUACUGUAUGAAACUACAGCAGCAGAAGUCAUAGAGGACACUACAGCAGCUCCCAUUGCGACAACAACAACGAUUCCUGUUACUACUAAAAUUUCUGAUGAAGAAACAACUGAAUUUGAUGCAACAACAGAGUUGGUAGACGAAGAGACUACAGCAACAACGACGACUACAACUGUACCUAAUACUACUGAAAUUCCUGACGAGGGAACGACCGAAUUCGAUUUCGAAACGACGGCAGAGGAUGUUGUUGUGGAGACCACAGCAACCGUUCCACCUACGACAACAACAACAACGACUCCUGUCACUACCGAAAGUAUCAAUGAAGAAACGACUGAAUUUGAUGAAACAACGGAAUCUGUGGUGGAGGAAACUACAGCAACAACAACGACUACAAUCACGGCACCCACGACAAACGAAACACCCGAUGAGGCCACGACCGAAUUCGAUUUUGAAACGACGGUAGAUGAUAUUGUUGUGGAGACCACAGCAACCGUCCCUACCUACAACAAACAACGACUCCUGUCACUAACCGAAAGUAUCGAUGAAGAAACGACAGAAUCGGAUGUAACAACAGAAUCUGAGAAAGAUGAAACUACAGCGACAACAACCGUAACUACCACUGAAAUACCCGAGGAGUUAACCACCGAAUUCGAUUUUGAAACGACGGUAGAAGAUAUUGUUGUGGAGACGACAGCAACCGUCCCACCUACGACAACAACAACAACAACAGCGACUCCUGUCACUACCGAAAGUAUCAUUGAAGAAACGACUGAAUCCGAAGAGGAAACUACAGAUUCAACCACUACCACCGUGCCUACGACAACUGAGAUACCUGAUGAGGCCACGACCGAAUCGGAUUUUGAAACGACAGAAAGUGAUGUAGAGGAGACAACAGUUGUUCUCACUACAACAACAACAACGACUCCUGCCACCACCGAUAGUGUCAAUGAAGAAACGACUGUACCUGAUGAAACAACAGAAUCCCCGGUGGAAGAGACAACAGUCACCACAACGACAACAGCGAUUCCACCUACAACUACUGAAAUACCCGAUGAAAUAACUACGUCUACGUCUGAUAUUAAUGACGACACAACAGCAGCAACAACAACAACAUCAACCACAACAGCGACAACAAUUUCUUUGACACAACCAGAUGAAACUACAGAGAAAGAAUUCACAACAAAAAGUAGCCUUACUACCGAAGCGGACGAAACGACACAGACCACCACCACAACUACCCAAGCUACAACAACUACGCCAUCUUCAAUAGAGACGACGGGAAGCGAGUCAGAAACAACUGAAUAUUUUACUUUGCCAGAUGAAGAUAAGAAGACGACGAAAGAAGUUGGAACAACGGCGCAAAGUACAACGACGACUGUUUUGCCUUCUACCACGCUCAAACCGGAAGAAACGAAUAGCUUUUUCAAGACCCUCGAGAUUGGAGAAAGUAUAACAAUCACAAGUGAAGUAUCAGAAUCGGGACAUUACAAUAAAAAUUACACUAAACUUUACAAUUUUGUUGUUGCUGACGAUUACAUAGUUCGAGUCACGUUUACAAAAUUGAAUAUGUAUUGUGACGAUGGAAUUCAUUUCUUCGAUGAAUUUUUCUUCGGAGACGAGUUCAUGAAUGUAUGUGGUUUAGAAGAUCUAAGAAUUCCAAACUAUCGAUUGCCAAUCGUAUAUUCCCACUCUGAAAUGAUGACGAUGGUUUUCCAAACUAAUCAUGAAAACGAAAGCGUGGGCUUUGAAGCUGUUAUCGAUUCCGUUCCUAGUAAUACAUUCCCCAAUGCUGCGUGUGGAACAAAGAUAACCGAUACCUCUGGACAAAUUGCUUCACCAAAUUUCCCUGCUGUAUCUGAAAUGAAAGAUUGCGAAUUUGAGUUUGACUUAUCAGAGAGGCAAUAUGUCGAAUUUAAUACCAACUUCAUCGGUUUGGCACGAAACGAAACCGAAGGUUUGUGCGAAGAUAACACAUUGGUUUUUGUUUCAUCUGACGAAGAAACAAUAGUGAGUUGUGGAAUUAUGCGUUCACCUUUAAUUACGCUCACUGGGAACAUUAAAAUAACAGCAAACACUGUGGGACAACAGCCUGGAUUCUUGAUAUCGUAUGGCGUUAAAGAAUGUUUCGCUGAUGGUCAAAAAUACUCCAAAGUUGCUCGAUCGUGUGAUGAUUCAUGUUCCAAUGAUGUUCAUGUACGAUGCCUGGAAGAAUCAGAAAGAUCUGCAAGAUGUGCUUGUCCGCCAGAAAAACCUAUUUUAUACUUGGGAAGGUGCAUUUCAAUAGACGAAUGUGAAAUACCGUCUACAACAUCAUUUGCUACAGAAGUUACUGAUUAUGCUAUAUCAACAGGCGCACAGUCUUUCGAAACGACUACUAGCAAUGUUUUGCAACAAACACCAGUGCCAGAAACGACACAAGAACUGGUAGUAGAAGCCGUUACUCUAGGAACCACCGUAUCCACUGGCGGCGUUGACGAAAAAUUGGUCGAAGAUACGACAAUAUCAGAACCAAACGUGACGACAGAGUCAGACUUCACCACUGAAGGUUCAGCUGAUAUAGAAGAAAUAACUUCAACAACAUCAACAGUCCAAGUCCCAGAGACUACCGAAUUCAAGACUAUAACUGAUUCAGAUAAAACAACUACACAAUUUACUGCCGUUACUGGAACUCAAAAGCCUGCUGCUACAGCAACAUCUUCUGGCGAUGAUGCAACAACGACCGAUGCACAUGAAACUACUGAAAUUGAAACAACUGAAAGUGAAUUUACCACAGUAGAGUCUGUUACCGAGCCGACGACUACCCAGGCUGCAACAACAGCAACGAUAGUGAAAGAGACCACGGAACCUUCUGAGACAACUGGAUUUGAAACAACGGAAAGUGACUUUACUACAGUUGAAUCAGUUGUUGAGCUGACGACUACUCAGGCUACAACAGCAACAACAACGGCGAAAGAGACCACAGAACCUUUCGAAACAACGGAGAGUGAAUUUACCACAGCUGAAUCAGUUAUUGAGCUGACGACUACUCAGGCUACAACAGCAACAACAACGGCGAAAGAGACCACAGAACCUUUCGAAACAACGGAAAGUGAAUUUACUACAGCUGAAUCAGUUGUUAAGCCAACGACUACCCAAGCUACAACAGCAACAACAGCGAAAGAGACCACAGAACCUUUUGAAACGACUGAAUUUGAAACAACGGAGAGUGAAUUUACUACAGCUGAAUCAGUUAUUGAGCCUACGACUACCCAGGCUACAACAGCAACAACAACGGCGAAAGAGACCACUGAAUCUUCUGAGACAACUGAAUUUGAAACAACACAAAGUGAAUUCACUACAGCGGAAUCAGUUGUUGGAUCUACCACUACCCAAGCUACAACAGCAACAACAGCGAAAGAGACCACGGAACCUUUUGAAACAACGGAGAGUGAAUUUACUACAGCUGAAUCAGUUGUUGAGCCCACGACUACCCAGGUUACAAAAGCAACAACGUUGACAGAGACCACUGAACCUUCUGAAACAACUGGAUUUGAAACAACGGAGAGUGAAUUUACUACAGCUGAAUCAGUUGUUGAUCCGACGACUACCCAGGCCACAACAACGACGGUAGUGAAAGAGACCACGGAACCUUUUGAGACAACGGAGAGUGAAUUCACUACUGCCGAAUCAGUUGUUGAGCCAGCGACUACCCAAGCUACAACUGCAACAACGGCGAAAGAGACCACGGAACCUUUUGAAACAACGGAGAGUGAAUUUACUACAGCUGAAUCAGUUGUUGAGCCAACGACUACCCAGGCUACAACAACAACCAUAGCGAAAAAGACCACGGAACCUUUUGAAACGACUGAAUUUGAAACAACGGAGAGUGAAUUCACUACAGCUGAAUCAGUUGUUGAGCCUACGACUACCCAGGCUAAAACAGCAACAACAACGGCGAAAGAGACCACGGAACCUUCUGAGACAACUGAAUUUGAAACAACACAAAGUGAAUUCACUACAGCGGAAUCAGUUGUUGUAUCUACCACUCCUUCUACCCAGGCUACAACAACAACAACACCGAAAGAGACCACGGAACCUUUUGAAACGACUGAAUUUGAAACAACGGAGAGUGAAUUUACUACAGCUGAAUCAGUUGUUGAGCCGACGACUACCCAGGCCACAACAACGACGGUAGUGAAAGAGACCACCGAAUCUGUUGAAACGACUAAAUUAGAAACCACAGAAAGCUACAUUACCAGCCCUGAAAGCAGUACGCCCGUUACUACCACUCAGUCAAAGGCCACAACUACACAGCCUAACGUUGGAGUUGUAGGUCCAACUACGAUGAAAUUGGAAGAAACCACUCAAUUGGAUUCUACUACGGAAGGGGCUACCAUGAAAUCUACCAAGAAUACAUACCCGUUCAACGAAUUUGCUAUUGUCAGCACAACGCACAAUGAAGUUUGCUUCCAGUUCGAAAGUCUAUAUGUCCGGGUCUAUCUCGUCUUUUACUUUCCAGAGCAAGGGGGUGAUGUGCAGUUAGUCGAAAUAAAUAGCUCACCGGAUACAAAGAUAUAUAAAAAAUGUAUCGAUUCACUCACACCAGAUACUGCAUACAAAUUGCAAGUAGGAUAUGAUGAAGCAGGAACAUAUGUGCAUCACACCGUCAUAUUUUCAACACUUAAAAAAUUCGAAGUUGAAACUGCCAUGGUAUUGAACAAUAUGGCGUGCAUCAAGUUGGCGAAUACGACAAAAAAUAGGACGUAUGAAAUUGAAAUCACGGUCACCAAUUCAAGUGACGUCAUCCGAAAGGAAACAGUAAUUUCGAAGAAUCAUCAUAUAAAUAAAUGUUUUUACAACUUGGAACCUGGUGCAAGUUACACUUUUGCAACGUAUAUGGCCACCGAUAACGGUUCUUCUUCUAUGGGUAGUGUGCACUUCCAAACAAAAGCCACCACAAAAACUGUACAAAUAUACGAACAAACACAAGAAAAUAAAGAGUGGAGAGAAAGAUAUUAUACUUGGAGGUCGAGUUUUAAAGACUGGUUUGAUUAUUUCAAUGAAUAUAUGUACGAUAUUGGAGCGACAUUUACGGAUGAUACGAAUUGUCCGGUGCAAUUACAUAAGCCACCAUGUAAAGAUGGACAAUUGACACCGAUAACAGAUGCUAAUGGAUGUUUUCUGUUGCUAUGCAAGUCAUCAGACUAUGAAGGUGAAUUUACGGACGAAGAUAUUCUAGGUUGGGAAGAAGAAUACAAACUAUUUUCUGAUUAUUUCAUGCCGCAAUGGGAAAAAGUUUUCAAACAAUACACUGCCCAACUUAUAGACGACGAAAAAGACGUCUGAUAUAUCUAGCAAUUACUUCCAACACUAAAAAAGCCAAAACAUGUUCGCAAAACAUCUCAAAGACGUCUGUUGCCAAAACUGCGAACAUUGGAUAUGUCCAGCGUUACACAACAGUGCCGUUAUGUGCUGAAAUUUAAUUUUGUUUAUAUCAUUUUAUUAGAAACUAUUUGCUAUAACUUUGACUACAGAAAUAUUAUUUGCACUAGAAGCCAUCAGUUGGCCAUUUUUGUGAGAUAGAUUGUUUUCCAACGACUUAAUGAAGAUUUAACAUGAGAUAUCCGCAAGGUUUGGUAUUAGGGGUAAGAUGGCGUGAAUACCAGUCUAUACCAUUGCAAAGUGGGAAAUUUCUGAAAAUGAAUUAGGCCAUAAAACAAACGAUUUCAAUUGAGUACCAAAUAUUUAUACCGAGUAGUGUUUACACGAAUCACAGUAGUUUAGAUAGUAGCAGUUAUUAGGUUAUCGUAAAACUGUUCGGCCAGUUGGGUAAUUCCAUCUGAGCCGCCUGAUGCUGCCACAACCAAACUAAAACCUAAUUUUGAUGUUUUAUCUAAAAAAUAUCUUAAGGCAUUUGGGAGAUUGCGAUUAUGUUUAGUUUUGGCACGAGGCUUAUUGUUUUCCACUUUUGCUUUCGCAACACUAAAUAUUGUUCAUAAAAUGUAACUUGUUACGUCACACUUACAUGGCCCGCUAGUGUAGGGGGCCAAAAUUUUUGGCCCCUGGUCCAAAAACCUUGCCCACCCCUGUAGUGUAAAAUGUUCUUGCCGCUGAACUUUGAAUGUCUUGCACCCAACCUUGGAUAUGCAGAAAAUUCGCAUUUACAAAAAAUUAGGUUUUUCUUUUAGAACAAAUUCGACACAAUUGGGGACAAUAUUCACAUAUGGAUUGGUUUUUCAAAAUGCUCCUAGUUGUUAAAAGCAGUUCUUUUACCAUUGAAUGGAAUUUUGUUUAUAUUGCGGAUAGUCAUUUUAUCUUUGUGUCCAUGUAUUUGUGCUUUCUCUCUUGUUUUUUUGAAAUAAUACCUUUAAAUAGAACAGUGUUUGCGUGAUGUGAUUGCGUACAUGAUGUAUAAGCUGAGACCAAUACUUUCAUGCAAACUAGCUAUUUUUCAAUAUUAAAGUAUUACAACUAACUGCACCAGCUUAUUUUUAUUAUUAAUAUGCAACUUCACAAUGUUCUUUUACUGAAGUGAAUCCAUUACGCCAUUUGUUGUUCCAUUUAUCAUGGAACAUGUUAUAAAACAAGCGUUGAGCGCUCGUUGGGCAGAAAACAUUGAA